AGCGGAUACACAUUCGUUACACUCAUCUCAUCUGUCUGUCCAAGAGGAUCCAUUGCUCAUCCGAACUCAUAAACAACAGACUUCACAGCAAGUAACUACCGUGACGAAAGUAGUGCGUGAGGUUUCACACAUGGAACCAGAUCCAGGUGCAGUCAGUUACAUGUCGGUGCCAUUGAUGUCGCAAGAGUAUCAACAUGCUGAUCCGAGAUAUCCAGCGGAUCCAUACAUGGUCAGUUUUGACCAUUACGAUCCAUACCUUGGCUACCCUCCGCAACCUGGUUAUCCAGGUCCUCAUGGAAUUUACAUGCCACGAUCGCAUUCACCACACAGCCCGCAUAGUCCGUCAGAGCACAGUCGUGCAUCACCACCGCAUGAAUAUCUGCGUAAAGCAGCACCAUUCGUCGAAGGUGGUUACAACGACAUUGACCCAGGCCUUAAUCCGGCUUUACAAGAUCACUAUCGCAUCACUCCAAGUCCUGGCGGUCCCGGAGAUCAAUAUGAUCAGAUCAGCAACUCAUGGAAUAUGGAUGACUCCGGCGAGCCUUCACAACAUCCUCAUGAUGAGAGUAAAGUGGCCUAUGGUUACGUAUCUCCGUCCCCAUAUGGACCAGUAGGAUACGGUCCUGGCGUUGGGGUAGGUCCAGUGCCAGUUCCUAACGAUGUUCCCGGAUAUGACGAAGGUCAUCCGAUUCCAUUGUCGUCUGGUGUACCACCUGGUAUAUUCGAGGACGAGGUACACCUUCAACGAUUACAAUCCGGUCAUCCGGUCGUUCCUGGAAUGGCAUCGCCCUUGGACGAUGAUCAAAAAUCAAUGAGAUGGAGAGAUCCUAAUUUAUCGGAGGUUAUCGGUUUUCUGAGCAGUCCAAAUAAUAUAAUCAAAGCUAAUGCAGCUGCCUAUUUGCAACAUCUUUGUUAUAUGGACGAUCCGAAUAAACAGAAAACACGUAGUCUAGGAGGUAUACCACCCUUAGUGCAAUUAUUGGAUCAUGACGAUCCCGACGUCUAUAGAAACGCUUGUGGGGCGUUACGAAACUUGUCUUACGGAAGGCAAAACGACGAGAACAAGAGAGCGAUAAAGAACGCUGGUGGUGUACCCGCUCUGAUUCAUUUGUUGCGUAUGACGCUUGAUGCCGAUGUAAAGGAACUUGUAACCGGAGUACUGUGGAAUUUGUCUUCUUGCGAAGAUUUGAAACGAUCGAUCAUCGACGACGGAGUGACGAUGGUAGUGAAGAAUAUAAUAAUACCUCAUAGUGGCUGGGAUCCAAGUUCUUCAAGCGGCGAGACAUGUUGGUCGACGGUAUUUCGAAAUGCAUCAGGUGUUUUAAGAAACGUCUCUAGUGCUGGAGAAUACGCGAGAAAGAAGUUAAGGGAAUGUGACGGACUCGUGGAUGCCCUUUUAUACGUAGUGCGUUCCGCGAUUGAAAAGUCGAACAUUGGGAAUAAGAUAGUGGAAAAUUGCGUCUGCAUCUUAAGAAAUUUAAGUUAUCGGUGUCAAGAAGUUGAGGACCCGAAUUACGACAAACAUCCGAUACAGUCGGCCGUGCAGAACAGAGUUGCGGCACCAGUGAAAGCAUACAGUUUAUGCCAAGGUGAAAAUUUGGGUUGCUUUGGUGGUAGUAAAAAGAAAAAGGAUGGACAACCAGUUCAAAAGGAGAACGCAACGUCACGCACGACGAGCCCAAGAACGGAACCCGUCAGAGGGAUGGAGUUACUUUGGCAACCGGAAGUCGUUCAGUCUUAUUUAAGCCUUUUACAGACAUGCUCUAAUCCGGAAACAUUAGAAGCUGCAGCGGGAGCAUUGCAAAAUCUCGCUGCUUGUUACUGGCAACCGAGCAUUGAAAUUCGUGCAGCUGUAAGGAAGGACAAGGGUCUUCCUAUUUUAGUCGAAUUGUUAAGGAUGGAGGUGGAUCGAGUAGUUUGCGCAGUAGCGACUGCCCUGAGAAAUCUCGCGAUAGAUCAGCGCAAUAAGGAGUUAAUUGGUAAAUAUGCGAUGAGAGAUCUCAUUCAGAAGUUACCCUCGGGAAAUAAUCAGCAUGAUCAGGGGACGAGCGACGAUACGAUAGCAGCAGUACUUGCGACUUUGAACGAGGUCAUUAAAAAGAACGCCGAAUUUUCACGAUCGUUGUUGGACGCUGGUGGCGUCGACAGGCUUAUGAACAUAACGCGACAACGUCAAAAAUAUACACCUCGUGUUCUCAAGUUCGCAGGACAAGUCCUUUUCACCAUGUGGCAGCAUCAGGAAUUACGAGACGUUUAUAAGAAACACGGUUGGAAGGAACAGGACUUUGUUACGAAAACUGUCGCGGCUCGAAACUCCGGACCUAAUUCGCCAAAUAACGCCAACAGCUAUGAUUGUAGCACAUUGAAUCGACCAAUGGCGAGCCAAGGAAGUACGAGAUACGAAGAUCGAACGAUUCAAAGAGCUAAUAUUAAUUCAAAUAACGUUGGACGACCUACGAUUUACCAAUCUCAGCCGAAACCCGGUGAGCCGCUCUACGCGCAAGUUAACUUGGAGAAGAAAAAGAAGCGGCAAUACGAGCUGGGGGUGGGCCAGGGCGGUGGCGGUGGAGGUGGCGGAGGCGGCGCCGGUAGCGGUGGUGGUGGUGGUGGUGGUGGUGUUGGUGGUGUUGGUGUUGGUGGUAUCGGUGGUGUUGGUGUUGUCGGUGGUCAGAAUCAGGGACCGGUCGGUACGGUAUCGAGCGUUACUGGUGGAGCUGGCGGAACGCCAGGUACCACUCAGUGGAUGCCUGAUGGCGUCUCUAUCGGUGUCCAAGAUGGGACAUCAGGAAAUGCUACCGUUAGUAUACCACCAAGUUCAACGGCAGCUUCUGCAGGUGAUUCUUGGGUAUAAAAUGCGUCCUGUAAACUCGCGACAUUUUUUUUCGAUACGAUUCAUCGAACGAAAGGAUCACAUCAACGUUUGAACUAUUUCAUAUUCGACGACGACGACGACGACGACGACGACGACGACUGCUGCUAUUAUUACUAUUACUACACUACUACUAUUACUACCACUGCUACUAUUAUUACUACAACUAUUAUUACUAUUACUAUUAUUAUGAAUACUAUGACUAUAAUGCGUUCUUCUUCCACAAAUUUUUCGUCCUCGUCGUUAUCUCCAUCAUCAUCAUCAUCAUCAUCAUCGUUAUCAUCGUCAUCAUUAUUGUCAUUAUUAUCGUCGUCAUCGUCAUCAUCAUCGUCAUCAUCAUCAUCAUCAUCAUCAUCAUCAUCGUUAUCAUCAUCACCACCAUCUUUUACUCCGAGCCUGCUCGUCGUCGAGCACAGCGAAAUAUAUGUACGUCUACGUUCAUCGGCCAUUGAAGAGCUAGGACGAUUCAAGGAGGAAGAAGUCUUUUCCGUUCUUUCUUUCUCUCUGUUUUGUGACGUUGAGAGAAAGAAUGAAGAAAGAAGAAAAAAGCUUUUCAAAAGUUUUACCUGUCGAUACAUCAUAGCGCUCUCUUAAUACCAUUUGAAUCAGCGACCCCCGUAACUCCUUUCUUCUUUACGCCUGAUUGUAUAUACAUAUUUAUAUAUAUAUAUAUAUAUAUAUAUAUAUAUAUAUGUAUAUAUAUAUAUAUAUAUACACAUAUGUGUCAGUGUUCCACGUAAACGCAAACAUUUGUUAAGAUACAUAAGUAUGACUUGGACAUACAUACAUACAUACAUACAUACAUACAUAUAUGUAUAUAUGUGCGUGUGUAUAUAUACGAACAUACAUAUACAAUAACGUAUUAUUAUUAUCGUAUCAUGUCAGCGAAAUGCGAAAAAGAGGAGAAUUCAAAAAUGCACUCUCUUGCACCCUUUCUUUGAUCUACGAUGUCUAACAAACAAAAAUGGCGACUCGUCCGACCACAUCCGCAGCAAUAGUAGUCGCACUAAUGGCUCUAAAGAUAUAACAAAAUAAAUAAAUAAAUAAAUAUACAAACAAAUAAAGGAAACUUCAUUGCACAAUUCUAAAUUAAUAUAUGUGUGUGUAUAUAUAUAUAUACAUAUAUACAUAUAUACAUAUACAUACGUACAUAUAUACAAAUAUAUAAAUAUACAUGUACAUUUUAUGUCGCAUCACCAAAUGCGACGGCGAUGAGUAUACCAGUGAGCGUACGCUAUUGUUUGCAUUAUUAUAAAUAAGUGUACGUAUUAAUAUACGAUUAGGAUAUUAUAUAUACAUAUAUAUAUAUACAUAUAUAUGUGUGUGUGUGCGCGUGUGUGUUCGACUGAAGAAAUAAGUGAGGGAGAAAGAGAGUAAUAGAUACAUACACACUCACACACACGUACAUACACAUAUAGCACUAUAUAUAAAAGUGUAAGAAUGAAAUGGAAUAAUUAAGUGUAUGUGAUAUAUAUAUAUAUAUAUAUAUAUAUAUAUAUAUACAUAUAUAUAUAUAUAAAUAAUAUAAUUAUUUGUAUUAAUAUAAAUUUUGUCGAGGCUGUGGGUGUGGCAUGAGGAUAGUGAUGAGAUUUAUAAGCUGCACUAUUAUUACGAACAUAGUCUUUGUUUUUACGGCGCAUGGGUUAAAAAAAAUAUAUAUACAUUAUAUACAUUAUAUACAUACACAUAUACACACACAACAUAGGAAAAGAGAUAAUAUUCCAUGUAUAUGCGAAAAGAACAAGAAAAAGAGGAAAAGAAAAAAGAAAAGAUGCGUGUGCCUGCGAAAAGAAAAUAAUGUGUCUCUGCUCGUGUUCGACGUCGGAUUGUCCCUUAUGUAUGCGUGCAAUUGCUCGAAUAUAAGAGUUAAAAAGAGAUGGCCAUUGUUAGCCAGAGAAUAAUGAAAAAAAAGAAAGAAAAGAAAAGGAAAGGAAAAUUAAAAAAAAAAAAUUAAAGUAAAGUAAAAUGAAGAAGAGGAAAAAGGAUGAAAUGAAAGAUAGAGAGAGAUUGACAAACGAUAAAUGUCGAAUUUAUAGAUAAAGAUAUAUAUAUAUAUAUAUAUAUAUAUAUAUAUAUAUAUAUAUAUUAUAUCGCGCUAGAAUUUAUGUAAUUAUUAUUAACAACAAUAACAACAACAAUAGCGACAACAAAAAGAAAGGAUAGAAAAUAUUGCUAUGAUGGAACGAAAAGAUUUAUAAAGAAAAAAAAAUGGCAGCGGUGAAGAUCCAUAAUCGUCGUUGGGAUGGAAAAUAGAUUGAAAAAAAAAAUGGAAAGAAAGAAGAUGGUGAAUAAUGUAAUAACGUUAUCGACUGGUUGCGAGAAGAAAAAGUCGAUAUAUACAUAUUAUAUAUAUAAUAUAUAAUAUAUAAAAUAUAAUAUAUGUAUAUAUAUAAUAUAUAUGUAUAUAAUAUAUAUAUUAUAUAUAUAUAUAUAUCCUUGUUCUAUUUCUUAAGAUAUUACGACAGUUGAUGAAUGAUGUUUGCGAAUGAUUCGAUCGAACGUAGCGUUGAAUACCAAGAAUUAGAAAAAAGGAAAGUAAGAAAGUAAAAUAAGAAAGAUAGAAAGAGAUAAAUAGAUAAAUAGAGAGAGGGAGAGGGAGAGAGAGAGAGAGAGAGAGAGAGAGAGAGAGAGAGAGAGAGAGAGAAUUUAGAGUUAUAGAGCUUUGCUCUUAUGCACACAUUAAAUAAGAGAUUGCAUUUGAUUUCAAAGCAAUCUAAUUGGCUCGAUCGAUAGGGCCGUUCGAUCGUCCGUUACCGAUCAUAUUCGAUGUUCGAAGUUAAUCUCUCGUUGUUUAAAAAAAAAAUAUAUAUAUAUAUAAAAUAAUAAUAAAUAAAAUAAAAUAAAAUAGAAAGGAGGACACAACAAACGAACGAGCGUAUACGUAAAUACUCCCAAACUCGUCUCACGAGUCGUCUGACUGACUUAUCGAUCAUAUGCAUACUUGUAUAUAUUAAUAGUAAAAUUAUUAUUCUCAUAGAUACAUAUAUACAUACAUACAUAUAUACAUACAUACACAUACACACACAGGCGCGCACCAAUUUUUUUUUUAAUUUUCUAAUCAACUUUAUAUAACUACGAUGACUAAGGGAGAGGGUAGUCGGUGACGAAAAGAAAACAAAAUAAAACAAUACAAAACAAAAUAAAACAAAACAAACAAAAUGAAAAAAAAAAGAAAGAGGCGAACGGAGAUAGAGAAUGUGCGAAGAGAAUGUCUAUAUCGAUGGGAUAUAAUUAAAAUGAAAAAAAAAGGAAAAAAAAAGAAGAAAAAAAAAAGAGAAAAAAAAAAGUACCAAAUCGCAUAACAAAAAGGCUAUAUACAGCACCCGCGUGUAUAAACAAAGAGCACCCGUAAACAAAAAAAAAAAAUAAUUAGUCUGUCACUUGUAUCGUACACGCUCAUUUUAAUCUUCUUUAAGAUAUGGGGGAUAAUUGUCGAAGAAAGUUUUAUAAAAAGUAGGAGAGAACCAAAAAUAAAAAAUAAAGAGAUAACGAAGAAGAAAGAGAAGAAGGAGGAGGAACUGGUAAACAAAAAAGAAAAAAGAACAAAAAGAGAAGAAAAAAGGAAACACACUUUUCGAAGAUCGCGAUUCGUUGAGAAAAUUAUUCUCUCUCUCUCUUUCUCUCUCUCUCUCUCUCUCUCUCCCUUCCUCCCUCCCUCUUUUCCACACCCCCAGAAUCUCUCCAUCGUUUCUUCGUCACCCUUAAAAUAUCAUGAAAGAUCGUAGAAUAAGGGUAAAAAAAGGGAGACGAUAACGGAUGAAAGGAGGGAAGAUGAGGGAAGGUGGAAUAAAGGAGACGAUGCAAGGGAUGAGAAAGAAAACGAAAAUAAAUAAAUAAUAAUAAUAAAAAAGAAAGCAACCCUUCGAGCUUAUCCUUCGGUUUGAGAACAACUUCGAUGUCUGAUAAAAACAUUUUUGCAAUUUACUUGUAACACACGUACAUAAACUCAAAUAUAUAUAUUUACAAGGUGGAUUUUAGAGAUGGGAGAGGGAUGAGAAUGAUGAGGGUGAUAGGUGUGUUAAUAAAUUUAUCUAAUUAAUGACGUAUAGUUCACGCUGUAUAAUAAUCGUAUGUGAAAUAUUUUUAAAGAUUUUGGACCAUUUCGUUCGAUGGACGAUGUUAAAUGAGAAAAAUGGAUAAGGGUUGUUAGGGUGGAAGGGUGAUGGAUGUGGAGUGGGAGGGAGGUUGGAAAGAUGGGACAAUAGUAAAAGAAAAGAAAAGAAAAGAAAAGAAAAGAAAAGAGAAGAGAAAAAAGAAAGAAAGAAAUAAAUAAGAAAUUUGUCGACGGGGGUUGCUGCUUUAUGCAAGCCAUGCAUACGUAUGUAAGUACUUUCUUCGUACGUUUCAAGGCCAUCCUUAUGUAUCACGUUAAAAAUUCGCGCGUGCUCGGAAUCUCCUGGCAAGUGUGGCAACUUCUUUUCUUUUUUUUCUUCUUCUUCUUAUUCCUUUUUUUUUCUUUCUGCUUUUCUUUCUUUUUUUUCUUCGUUUUUAUUUAUUCAUUCGUUUCUCUUUUAAAGAGAAAUAAAAUGAAUAGAUGAAUGAAUAAAUGAAUAAAUAAAUAAAUAAAUAAAUAAAAAAUAAAGAGGAAAAGUAAAAAGAAAGAAAGAAAGGAAGAAAGAAAGAGAGAGAAAAGGAGAGGAGAAUCUAAUGAUGGGAUCGACAGCGAAAUAUGUUCUCUUAUAAUUUAAAAAAUUGCCAUAAGAGAAAACAAGAGUAGAAAAAAUCUCAUGAUAAGAAGUGGUGAUUACACCGACGAGAUGGUGUGCGAUUACACACAUACACACAUGCAAACACACCAUAGAAUAGAGUCGAACAUGUACAGAUAAACACACACGCACACACUCAGGCAAGGAAACUACUUUCCGAUGGUCCAUGGACGACGAAAAAAAAGCCUAUAAUAAUAAUAAAAUAAAAUAAUAAUGAUAAUAUAAUAAUAAAAAAAAAUAAUAAUGAUAAAAGUAUAUAUAAUAAUAAUAAUAAUAAUAAUAAUAAUAGUAAUAGUAGUAAUAAUAUAAUAAUAAUAAAAAUAAAAUUAAUAAAUAAUAAUAAUGCGUAAAAAAAUGAAACACGAAAAAAGAGAUAAACGCAUGCACGUUUUAUCUAUUACAUUACACGUAUCACGACAGACGCUAUACUACUCUCAAGGACACGAUGCACCAACCACCUUUUCGAGGGUUAGCGAGCGUACUUACUUACAUAUGUCCUGCUUCGAUCGAUUCGAUCGUUACGGAAGAUUUUGAUAUCCCUUUUUUAUUCAUUUUGUGUGUCUAUACCUCGUGAACCAGCGAUUUAUAAUUUUCUACGAUGAUAAAUAAAAUAUAAAUAAAGAAAAAAAAAUAUUAAUAAUAAUAAUUAAUAAUAAUGAAUGAGAGAGAGAGAGAGAGAGAGAGAGAGAGAGAGAGAGAGAAAGAGGAAGAAGGAGAAAGUGAAAAAAAGAAAAAUAGAAGAAGAAAUAGAAACCAAAAACUUUAAAGAAACCGACAGAGAAAAAGCCAAACGAAGAAAAAGAAGAAGAAGCUUUGAAAGAGUUAAAGACGGAAGACUGUUUAAUUGAUUUUAUAUGAAAAGAUAAAAAGAAAAGAAAAAAGCAAAAAAACACACACGCACAUAUGUACACUCAAAAGAAACACACGUGAAAAAGAAAAUGAAAAGAAGAGAAACAAGGAUGCAAUGAACACGAUAAACAAAAUUGCGUUUUGCUAAGGAAAACAGAAAGAAAAAGAAUAAUGAAUAAAUAAAUAAAGAAACAAACAAACAAACAAACAAAUAAAAGAAAAGAAAAGAAAAGAAAAGAAAAAAGAAAAAGUGCUCGAGUAUUGGGAGAUCUUAUUUGUCCCAUGUUUUUAAAGGCGUCUUAUCGUUAAUAUUAUAUAAAUAUACACACAUAACAUAUGUACACACAUAUACGUAGACACUAUACAUCAUUCAUAUUCAUUACAUUCAUUCUUACAUUUAUACGUUCAUUCAUACAUACAUAUAUACAUACACACACACACACACACACACACACACAUAUAUAUAUAUAAUUAUAUUUAUAUAUAUAUUUAUAAGGCUGAUCAGUUUAAAGCUAAGAAAAAAAAAAGAAAUACAUAUGUAUACAUGGAUAGGCAUGUUUAGCGCGCCGCAUCGCACAACAUAUACAGGGAUAAUGUUGGAAAGGACAUGUAAAUGAAAAAUCAUUGGAUCUUUCCUUGAUGAGGACAUUUUCGUCGUAGAUUAGAAAGAAAUUAAGUAUUAUUAGAUAAAGAAUAAAGAGAAAUGAAAAAAAGAGAAAGGAGAAGAAAAUGGAAAUGAAAAAAGAAAUUUCAAGGAUUAUAUAAACAAGAAAUAACAAGAGGAAGAAGAAGAACAGGAACAAGAAAAGUACGAAUCGAUUAUGUCAAACGAUUAAGAAUUGUUUUUAUUGAAUAUGAUAAAACGAGAAGCCAUGAAAAUAUAGGACGACUCAUUAUUAAUCUUCUCACAUUUUUAUCUGUACGCACUGUUUCUCCUCUUCAUUGUAUUAUACGCAUAAACGUCAACAACAAUGGCUUAUAUAUAUAUAUAUAUAUAUAUAUAUAUAUAUAUAUAUAUUUAUAUGUAUGUGUAUAUAUAAGAUAUUGACGCUAAUCACGUUUGUACAAAAAUCGCUCGAAUGCAGAACUCUUCGUAUUUCGAUGGACCGAUCGAGAAAAUCGUUUCUAUCACUUAGAAUAUUCAUGUCUCGUGGUAUUAUGAUAAAUGAUCUUCCAUUUUGUCGGAAGAGAGAAAAAUCGAUUCUAAUCUCUGACUCUCUCUCUCUCUCUCUCUCUCUCUCUCUCUCUCUCUCUCUUUUUCUCUCCGUCUCUUUUGUAAUAAUUUUAUUCAAUAUUAGAUUGACAUCGUGUUUUAAUAUUAAUAAGCAUUGAAUAGGUUUUUAGAGAGUUUGUUUUUUUUAUUUAUUUACAAAUGAAUUUUUUUAAGAUUGUACAAUGUGGUUAUCUAUAUUGUAGGUAUCUAUAUACAGAUAUAAAUAUAGAUAGCUUUAUAUAUAUAUAUAAAUAAUUCUAUAUUGAGAAAAUAUAGAUAACUAUGCAUAUAAUAAUUUAUAAUAUAGUUAUCUACAUCGUAAAAUAUAGAGAGAAAGAGAGGGAGAUGAAAGUAUCAUAAAGAAAUAAUUUCACUGAUCGCGAGAUAUAUAAACAUACAUACAUACAUACAUAUAUACGUACAUACAUACAUACAUACAUAAAUACAUAGAUACAUAGAUACAUAGAUACGUAUAUGACUUCAGCCUACGAUUCUUAUGAGAACUUUUCGUACUUGUCCGUAAUUUUCUACCUUUUUUCUAUAUCGUCUAUAUAAACGGAAUAAAUUAAUGGUAACAGAAUGAAAAUAUCGAUUUUCUCGUAAAGAAAUUUUUACGCAAUUACUCUUUGAGGUAAAAAAAGAAAGAAAAAAUGAAAAAAAGAAAUGGUCGGCCUAACGCCCAGGGAUCUCUCUCUCAUUAACAUCUAUGGUGUCGCGUUCUAAUGAAAACAAAAAUAAACAAUUAAAAGUUAAAAUAAAAAUGAAAGAUAAAUAGAGAGUAAAAAGAAAAAAAAGAAAUAAAAAUGAACUAUGAAGGAACAAAUCGUGCGACAGACAUAGAAAAUAUUUAUCCACGUAAGAUUUCAUCCCUUUUUUUUUAUUUCCGAUAACCACAAAUUCGAUGUCACCACAUCCUUCUUUCCUUUUUGUAUUUUUUCGUUCUCUUCACCGCAUUGGUCAUUACGAAUCGUUGGUAAAUUUGCAAGGAAAAAGCGAUAUAAAGUAACGAGAAAAAUUCGAUUGCCUCUAUUUAUUUGAUCAGUAUUUUUUUAUUAAUUAAUCAAUUGUUGGUAAGUAUUUCGUAAAAAUAAAUGAUUAAUAUAUACGAAUAUUAUCGAUCGGUAUAAAUAAUUUAAAUAAUAUACUAGGAUUGCCUGGUAUAUUAUUACAUACUGAUAUUUUAUUAUAAAUACUGAUCAUUUAUUUAAAAUACCAUUAAUAAAACUUACAUGAACGUUUAAAAAUACUGAUCCAAUAAAUAGUAAUAGUCAAGAAUAAACAGGUACACAUACGUGCGUAAGAAAUAAUGGAGAAGAAGAAAAAAGAAAUAAGAAAAAGAAAGAAAGAAAGAAAAAAGACUGGUAGCGUUAAAUUUCGUUCGUUUAUAACGAUCGCCAUUCAUUGAAUCUAUUAUGACCUGAACGGAAUUAGAAUCGUUAUUAAAUCGAUUUCGAGGUUUGCUACUAAUUAUCGAAUGCGAUGUAUACACACCAAUAUAAUGCAUAUAAAAUAAUACCACUGUUAUAAGGAUUCACGAAUUAUUAUCAUCGAUCCGUUUGGAUCUGUUACAUACUUCUGUGAAACUUUAUUGGAUACGUCUCGUUCGUUCGAACGAAAAUAAAUAUAUAAAUAAAUAAAUUAAUUAAUUAAUAAAUUAAUAAAUAAAUAAACAAACAAACAAACAAAUAAAUAAAUAAAAUGAAUGAGUGAGUAAGUAAAUAAAUGAAUAAAUAAAUAACUGAAUGAAUAAAUGAAAUGAACGAGUGAAUGAGUGAAUUAUAAAAAUAAAUAAAAAUAAGAAACAGAAAGGAACAUUAGAAAACGAAAGGGAAAGGGUGGAUUUAUAAGGAAGAUUAAAAGGAGAUAAUGUAUACACGUAAGAUUUCUAAGAUUCGCCGGAAGAGAGACGAGUCAAUAACGUUUCAAGGUCGUCGAUAAUGGACAACCAUGAUAAAAAAGAAAAUGGCAGACGGGGAAGAAAGAAAAAAAGAAAAAGCGUUAAUCGCAUUACCAUAAAAUGUACACGCAUACAGACAUAUACAUGUACAUGCACACUCGACCCACACAUAUAAAUAUAUAUAUAUAAUAUAUAUAUAUAUAUAUACACACACACACAUACAUACCUACACGCACGCGCAUAUUGAAUAGAAAAUGAUAGUAUACUGUGCUGCAUACAUACAUAUUUAAAUUUAACGAAAGCAUAAAAAAUAAGCAUGGGUGUGCAUCUUAGAUGUAUUAGAGGAGUUUCAUCACACAUUUAGUAUUAAUUAUAAACGACGAUGACGACGACGACGACGAUAACAACAACAAUUGCAACAGGAAAAGAAAAGCGACGAAACAAAUAAAUUAUAUAAAAUUGUCGUAUCCCAUAUGGACGAGGAAAGAGGAAGGGGUUGGACGUGUGUGUGUCUCUUUUAAUUUCAUUUUUUAAUUUUAUUUUAUUAAUAUUUGUUUCUCUAAUCCUCUUCUUCUAUCUUCGAUUUUUAAUACUUAAACGCCUUUCUGUCUUUUCAUUUACAUUUCCAAUUAACAUUUUGAUCAGUCGAGGAUCAUCUUCUCUUUUCUUUUUAUUUCUUUUUCUCUUAUGUUCUGUAUUUUUUUAAUUAUCUUUUUUCUUUCUUGAACUACUAAUUCUUAUUAACUCUUUCUCCGUUCUUUUUUUUUUUUUUAUGAGUCGUUUCGUUCGUUGAUUUUAGUGAAGCUAAGAAGAUUUAUGGAUAAAUCGUUCGUUUGUAAUAGAUUUAAUCGUAAUCGACUGCGAUACUGAUCAAUCUUCCAUAGUUUGUAGAUUUUUCGUUAUAAUCGUGUAUUAUCGUACUGUUGCUGUAUAUAAAUAUAUAUAUAUAUAUAUAUAUAUAUAUAUAUAUAUAUAUAUAUACAUAUAUAUGUACGUACAUACAUUAUUGCAUUACGUAAACACACACGCACGUGAACACUCUAUACAUACAUAUAUAUAUAUAUAUACACCCACACACACACCCACACAUAUAUAUAUAUUAAUUAUUAUUAAUUAUCAUCAUCAAUAUAAUAAUAAUAAUAAUAAUUAUUAUUAUUAUUAUUAUUUCUCGUACAACAAGACGUAUGUUUUUAAUUUGUCGUAAGAGUGUACAGUUUGUAAAGGAAAUAUUAUAGAGCACAAUUUAAUAAGAGUCACGUCAACUCGAUAUUAUCGUUUGCGAUGGCGUGAACGUUAUGGGAAUUAUACUCGCAUUAUAUAUCCACGAUUUUCCAACCCCCCAUAUUUUUUUUUUCUUUUUUAAAUGUAAAAAAUGAAAUACGAAGAUCAAUGUUA